CAUUUUAAUAUUAGACAUCGACUCGCUGCGGGCCUGCGGCCGACUCUGCCUGACUGCCUCUCUGGCCGUUCGGCAUCUCUGUUCGCCGCAACUUCAUCUGUCUCCAGACUGCGUUGCUGCUUUGUUCAAAAGGUAACAUAGAAGAUUUCCACUUUGGAAGAUGGCUGCAACCUUUGCUUCCAGAUGUUCUCGUGUGGGCCGUUCUCUGUUUGGUGGAUUAAGCAACAGUUCCCCUGGUCUAUUUACCAAGUCCCAUGAGAUGACAUGCGGCAAUUAUUUUUCUCAGCAACGAACCUUCAUACAGAUGAGGACUGUUCUCAAGGUUGUUGACAAUUCUGGCGCCAAACAGGUGAUGUGCAUACAAGCCUUGAAAGGGAAGAAAGGGGCAAGAUUAGGUGAUACGAUAGUAGCAUCGGUGAAGGAAGCACAUCCUAAUGGAAAAGUGAAGAAGGGAAAGGUUGUAUACGCUGUAGUUGUUCGCGCAGCAAUGCAAAAGGGGAGAUGUGACGGCAGCCAGGUCAGGUUUGAUGACAAUGCUGUCGUGCUUGUUGACAAGCAAGGCCAACCUAUAGGGACUCGAGUUUUUGGAUCAGUUCCUCAUGAGUUGAGGAAGAAGAAGCAUGUCAAGAUCCUUACUUUAGCAGGGCAUAUUGCAUAAAUGGAAAAAAAAGCCAUCCUCAAAUUUUAUUUUGGGAGUUAAUUUCUUGCUUAUCUUAUUAUUUAUUUCAUUCUUUUUUAUUACCACCUUUUUUUAUCAUUUUUUUAGCAAUACUGAUAUUUGGACACAAUUUUUACAUUGUAUACUCUUAAACUAUAUAAAAUUGGAAACUACGGUGUCGAAUGUCAACUUGUAUUUAAAAAA